AUGGUGACAUCUAAAGAUACCAAAGUACUCAAGAGUUUCUGUGGCAUUUGCAUGGACACUAAAGCUCCAUCAGAAAUGUUUUCAAACGCAACCGUUUGUGGCCAUCUUUUCUGUUCAGAUUGCAUACGUGGACACGUAUCUUGUAAAAUCAAAGAGAACAUUGUUUCGGUGAAGUGUCCAGAACCAAAAUGCAAAGGGGUAAUAGGACCUGAACUUUGUCGAUCCUUCCUCCCAAAAGAAGUUAUUGAAAGAUGGGAGAACGCUUUGUGCGAGUCGUUGAUCCUGGGUACUCAGAAAUUUUACUGCCCGUUUAAAGAUUGUUCAGCCAUGUUGGUAGAUGAUGGUGGAGAAGCCGUGACAUCAUCGGAAUGCCCAAACUGCAACAGAUUGUUCUGUGCGCAGUGUAAGGUGGCAUGGCAUACGGGGAUGCGUUGCAAUGACUUUAAGAGGCUAAAGAAGAAUGAGAGAAAUCCAGAGGAUAUAAUGUUGAUGCAGCUUGCCAAGAACAAAAAAUGGAGAAGAUGCCCAAGCUGCAACUUUUAUGUGGAAAAACGAGACGGUUGUCAUCACAUUACUUGCAGAUGUGGGUAUGAGUUUUGCUACGGAUGUGGAAAGAAGUAUGAUAAAAGCCAUGCCUGUAAUCCAUAG